UAUGUAAUGUAAUAGUAAACAAUAUGGACGACAGCUGAACAAAAUAAUCAAAUAAUCGGAGGACUGCAUGUUUUAUCAGUUCUAUGGCUAUGGCACACCUUAUUAUGAUUAUUUCAUCUGUCUAACUAAUGUAUAACUGGCCAAGUGUACAGUUCAUCGUUUAUUUACUGUAUGUUAAGGGUGCGUGUAACUAAAACUAGAAAAAAAAGUUAAAGUCCUGUCCUGUUGGCAGUGUCGCCAGUGUUGCUCUGUUCGACCUCAAACAGAUUCUAUUUGACAUACAGUGCACGUGACGCCGCCAUACACAGCGGGAUAUUUUGUCGUUGACAUUAUUCAUUUGAUUGGCAUAGUGACACAUUAUAUUGUUCAACAAGUGCAUUUUCAGUUCUACUGUGUAAGCCUGUUUACUGUCAGUCGGGGAUGAUUCAUAUUGAAAAUUGAAUUUCCAUGUGCAUGUUCUAUUGGCCGAAGCACAUAGUGUCAUAGUUAAGUUAUACAACUUUAUUACAAGGAGAAGCCAUCAAAUACAUGACAUCAUAGUGAUAGUGUAUACCAUUAGGGUACCCAACUAGAAUAAUAGGCGCCUAUCAAAUUUCAUGUAGAAUGAGCCUACUAAGGAUAAUGUGUAAACCCUGCCUAUUUUUGUCUCUGUUGCACUUAUUGUCAAUGUUAGUGUUAAUUGAAGCAGAUAAUAAGACUGUAGCAGAAAAAGGUGAUAAUGUCAAUAAAGACCUGAUAGCAGAUAGUUACAAUGCAUUUUACUGUGAGCCACAGCAUGUCCACUUGGCAUACGGAGAUACCAUUAGAGAUGUGGUUAUUAUGUGGGCAACAAAACUAGAUUGUAGUACAACUUUAAUCUAUGGUAAAACACCAUGGAAUUUUGGUACAAGAACUUCUGGUUCUAAAGUUAAUUUUAAAGAAAACAAUGAACUUGGUUUACAGUAUCUUCAUAGGGUCUAUUUAAAGAAUCUUGAUCCGAAAACUACUUAUUUCUAUCGUCCAGUUAGUGAUAAUAUAUCCAGUGGUCCAUUUUAUUUUAAAACUCCUGAAGAUGGACUAGAAUGGUCACCAUUAUUUAUGGUAUAUGGUGAUUUAGGUGUACAUACUAACACCAUACCAUAUAUAACUAAUGAAGUAUUAACUGGUAAAUAUACAGCUAUAUUACAUGCAGGGGAUUUUGCUUAUAAUUUACAUGAUGAUGGUGGAAAGGUUGGUGAUAAAUUUAUGGAAAUGAUUGAAGGAUUUUCUUCUAAAAUACCAUAUAUUACAUGUCCGGGUAACCAUGAAAUAGAUAACUACACAUUUGCUCAAUAUAGAUAUAGAUUUUCAAUGCCAAAAACUAAUUGGCCCAUACCAUUAGAUAAAAUGUGGUUUAGUGUAGAUAUAGGUCCAGUCCAUUUAAUCAGUUACUCGUCAGAAGUAUUUUUUACUCACAAUGAAGAAUAUGUAAUGAAACAGAGAGAUUGGUUGAUACAAGAUUUAACAAAUGCUAAUAAAAAUCGUGACAAACAACCGUGGAUUAUUGCUUUUGGUCAUCGACCUAUGUAUUGUUCUAAUAUUGUUAAUGAUGAUUGUUCAAAGGUUGAUUCUAAAGUUAGAGAUGGAUUUGAAGAUAUAUUUUAUUAUCAUGGGGUAGAUAUAGUUCUACAAGCCCAUGAACAUUCAUAUGAACGGUUGUUGCCUAUGUAUAAGAAAGUAGUAUUAUCAGAAGAUUAUAACAAUCCUCUAGCACCAGUACAGAUUAUUACAGGAGCUGCCGGCAGUAAACAUGGUAUAGAUCCAAUGAUGCAACCACCAUAUGAAGUCUGGUCUGCAUUCCGAAUGGCAAAUGGUUCUUUAAAUAGUUUUGGUACAUUGAAAGUUGACAAUGCAACACAUAUAAAAUGGGAACAAAGAUCUGUUAUUACCUCCGAUCUUAUUGAUUCUGUGUGGAUAGUUCAAGAAAAUCACGGACCAUUCCGUCGUGAUAAUUUACCAAAAAAUAUCAGUGAUGAAAUAGAAGAUAGUAUUAAAAAGUCUGGUAUUAAACCAGUUUAUUUAGAUGAUAAAACGGAGAAAGAGGAAAUAUUUGAAAAUGAUAAAAAGCAGCGAAUGUAUAUCGGUAUUGCUUUUGGCUCAUUGUUUGUUGUAGCUAUAGUUAUUGUAUUGGUUGUGAGAAGUUGUCGUAGAAAACAACGUUCAACUCGCCGUUGGGAGACCAUGGAUUUUAAUUAUGGUAAAAAGUUUUACAGUGCAGCAAAAAAUAGUGAGAAAGAUUUAGAUGUUGAUAAUGACUUUGAAAUUGAUAUGAGUGAUGGAACUUUACCAACAACUAAAUUAUUAGCAGAUGAUUAACACAAGUGUUGAUUUUUUUCAGUAUAUCACCAAUAUUAUACAUUAGCAUAAUUAUAUAAACCAGGGUCUCCCAAUUGCAUUUAUUUUGAAAGAUUAAGUCCCAACAUGCCAGAAAGUAAAGUAAUCGAUAAAAACCAAGUUAAUUGAUGAUAUACAGAUUUUGUGUUCUAAGAAAUGUUAAAUAUGAAUGAUGUAUUGUCGUUUAUUAGAUUUAUGAAUAGCAGCUUUACACAUCAGUAUUGCAUAAAUUAUCCAGAUUAGAUUGUAGUAAGUCUUUACAUACUGUAAGAUGUGAUCUAAUUUGUUGGGGAUUGACCGACCAUUAUUUGGGUUUUAUUUUUAAUAUUCAUCCAGUUAUUUGUUAAGACAUACCAAUGACUCUUUAUUUUUGAGUUCUUCAUGCAUUCCUAUUAUAUCCAGGUUGAGUUUUCCUAUGAUAUAACAUACUUGACGAAAAUAUAUUUAUUUUAUUAUUACCAAAUAAUCUGUAGUUGCCAUACGGUUGUGGUUUAUAUUAAAUGUAUUUGUUUAUGUUGAGGGGUAUAGUAUAUAUUAAAAUAUAUACAGCAAAAGUUAAAACUAAAUUUUAAACAUCAUAGGCUGUACAUAGAGCAGUCUUUUGGGGUUUCUUGCUUUAAAUUUAAAUGUAUGUUGUCUUUUUUAUCACAUCGUUAGCCAUUGUUAUAAUGGAGGAAAUGCUCAAAUGAUGUCAACAAUCUGACAAAAAAAUAAAAUGUUUAUUUAUAUCCAAAGACCGACACCAAAUAUCUCGUAAGUGGGAAUCAAUUGUUUGCUAUCUUAUGAAGUAUGUGUAGAGAUUGCUUUCCCAUUGCUCUUUAUGUAUGUAUUACAAACUGCUUUAGUGUGUUAAUAGAUUUAUGUAUGGUAAUAGUUUCUGGACUAAAAAUUUCUCAGUCUAUUUUAUCCAAGAGUAGAACAUAAGACAUUUGAUGAAAUAUUAGUAUUAUCUUGUAGACAUAUUUAAUUUAAACAUGUUUUAACUUAAAAUAAAAUUCAGAAGAGAGAAUUACAUGAUAAUUUUUCAAAUGAAAAUGUAUUAACACAAGGUACAGGUUUAUGGAUACGUGAGUUUAAUAGUAUACUAUAUCUGUAUCGUUUGCUUUAAUCUCAGUAAUUUGUGUAUCCAUAAACUGUACCUUGUGUUAGAGGACAAUAUUAUUGGUGUCAGUCAUUAUCACAUAUGUAAUAGAACUGGUUAAACAGGUUCUAAUUAUAAUUCUAACACAGAGAUCAUUACUACGAUAGAUGCGUUAUGAAGAUUUUAAGAAAAGGAAGUGACAAACGCAAAAGGAAAACAUGAGUUAUCCUUCUAUAUAACUGAUAGAAGUGACGAGUGAUAACAAAUGCACGGGUGAAUUACUGCUCACUAAUAAUUCCUUUGAAGACCAAAAGUUGUGAUGUAAGGCUGUUAAAGGAUAUCUAAUAAUUCAAAAAAGUAAUUGAAUGUCACUAGAUAAGAGAAAAUGUGAAAAAUAGAAAUAGUUCGUACAUUCCCUUGUUUUAAUUUUCUAUUUUUCUCUGUUAUCUAGUGACAGUCAAUUAUUUUUUUUUAAUUGUUUUCCUUUUGCGUUCAUCACUUCCCUUUCUUGAAAACUUCAUAAAGCAUCUAUCGUAGCAAUGAUAAAAUUAUAUUUGGAAUGAGUUUAACCAGUUCUAUCACCAAUAUUGUCCUUUAAUAUGUUCAAUUACUAAAUGCCUAUCAAAGAAAAAUAUAUUAAGCUUCAGAAAUCCCUGCUUCCUAUACAAACAUUCCAGCUGACAACUUUUUACACUUCCUUCUUAAAAGUUGUAUGCAAACCCCAUGUGCCUUCAACAAUAGAAUAUGUUAUAGUGUCGUAUAUCCCACACAGUACCUCGUUUAUAGUAUUCUCUUUGCUUUGCAUUGGGUAAUGAUUGGAAUCUCCAUUUGCCUAUUAUGUCUCUUUGAAUAAAGAAAUGACUUUGGUGUUGAAAGAAUUGAGACUUGAAGAAUUAUUAAAAUGUUAGCCUAAUAAUACAGAUGUACAUGAAAUUUACUAAAGCUUUGAAUGUAUUAUUUAAAUGCUUUCUAGUAAGACUGAGUUGCAACUACCAAUUUGUAUGCUUUACAAACAAUAUCAAUAAUAUAAUAUGUUUUAACAUUCCUUUGUUUUGAAAUCAAUUUUAUUUAUGUUUAUUUCUGUUUGUUGUAUAUAUAACGGUAUUAUGUAUGUAUUUUUUAUUGUGCAAUAUUAAAUUUCAUGUUGGUUAUUAAUUUACAAUAUGUUGUUAUCAAUAAAAUUAAAAACAUUUUUCA